UCCCUCCUGCUUUCUCCCUAUGAAGGCAAUUAGAUUCAACACAAUUUACAGUGCCUCUCCGAUUCCUCACUUACCUUGGUGUGUAGUGCUAAAACCUACCAUCAUUAACAACUGAUGAACCGCGCAUCCCUUUUCCAAACACAGGACCUUGAGUUUGUCUUAUUUUAUCUGGACUGCGCUACAUUGGGAUUUUCAAUACAGAAGCCUACAUGGAGUUUUAAUAUUUCCGUAUGUGUGGUGGUGGUUUACUAGAUCAAAGUCAGGACUAAAGGAACGAUUCAUUGAGUUUUCAUACAGAAAACGGAUAUCCAAUCAAGUAGGACCAGCUCUGUGUCAGAGGUUGGUGGGGAAAACAAAGAUCAACCACAAUUCCCACUUAUUCUCUUAGGAUGGGGGGCACUGACAAAACUGCUCUGAUUGGCUGGGGCCCUGUCUGUCAUCUGUACGUGGCGGCUUGAGGAGGAGGAGGGCUUCAUCUGGGCUGCACGGUCGGGGGAGAGGACCAUAACCGCAACAUCCUGCGUGGCCGACUGCAGCAGGAGCAUGUCUAGACCAGGAGCAGCCUCAUGGAUGUCUUCCGCCUCGGCCUGCGGGAUGGCCAGGGUCAAGCCUCUGCUCCUCUGGGUUGGUCUUGCAUCUGUGUGGCUGGCCGUGGCUCAGGCCCAGCAACACCCUGUUGUCAUCACGAAUUACGGGAAGCUGCGGGGUUUAAAGCAAUCUUUGCCCAAUGACAUCCUUGGACCCGUGGAGCAGUACCUGGGAAUCCCCUAUGCGUUAGCUCCCACAGGGGAGAGACGCUUCCAGCCUCCCGAGCCACCCACAUCCUGGCCCGGAAUCAGGAAUGCUACCCAAUUUGCUCCUGUCUGUCCUCAGUUCCUGGAGGACCGGUCUUUACUCAAUGAUAUGCUGCCUGUGUGGUUCACCGCCAACCUGGAUACAGUGGUAAACUACGUGCAGGACCAAAACGAAGACUGCCUUUACCUAAACAUCUAUGUCCCCACCGAGGAUGACAUCCAUGACGAGAAUGGACUGAAACCAGUCAUGGUCUACAUCCACGGCGGAUCCUACAUGGAAGGGACAGGGAACAUGAUAGACGGCAGCAUCCUGGCUAGCUACGGCAAUGUCAUUGUCAUCACCAUCAACUACAGACUUGGGGUGCUAGGGUUUUUAAGCACAGGAGACCAAGCAGCAAAGGGCAACUACGGACUGCUGGAUCAAAUUCAAGCCCUGAGGUGGAUCAAAGAGAACAUCCAGGCCUUCAAAGGAGAUCCGAAAAGAGUGACCAUAUUUGGUUCUGGAGCUGGAGCUUCCUGUGUGAGCUUGCUGACUCUCUCACACUACUCAGAAGAUCUGUUCCAAAAAGCCAUCAUCCAGAGUGGCACAGCUUUGUCCAGCUGGGCUGUCAACUACCAGCCUGCCAAAUACACGCGGGCGCUGGCAGAAAGGGUGGGCUGCAACAUGCUGGACACAAUCGACCUGGUGGAAUGCCUGCAGAACAAGAACUACAAAGAGCUCAUAGAGCAAUACAUCAGCCCAGCUAAAUACCACAUCGCCUUCGGGCCUGUCAUCGACGGCGACGUCAUUCCCGACGACCCCCAGAUCCUGAUGGAGCAGGGUGAGUUCCUCAACUAUGACAUCAUGCUGGGCGUCAACCAGGGCGAGGGCUUCAAGUUCGUGGACGGCAUCGUGGACAGCGAGGACGGCGUGUCUGCCAACGACUUUGACUUUGCCGUGUCCGACUUUGUGGACCAUCUGUACGGCUACCCGGAGGGCAAGGACACCCUACGGGAGACCAUCAAGUUCAUGUACACGGACUGGGCUGACAAGGAGAAUCCCGAGACCCGGAGGAAGACCCUGGUGGCUCUUUUCACUGACCAUCAGUGGGUGGCACCGGCAGUGGCCACAGCUGACCUUCACGCCCAGUACGGCUCGCCCACCUACUUCUACGCCUUCUACCACCAUUGCCAGAGUGACAUGAAGCCCAGCUGGGCUGACUCGGCCCACGGAGACGAGGUGCCCUACGUGUUCGGGGUCCCCAUGAUUGGCCCCACUGACCUCUUCAACUGCAACUUCUCCAAGAACGAUGUGAUGCUGAGUGCUGUGGUUAUGACUUACUGGACCAAUUUUGCCAAGACAGGUGAUCCCAAUCAGCCGGUGCCUCAGGACACUAAGUUCAUCCAUACAAAGCCCAACCGUUUUGAGGAGGUGGCUUGGUCCAAGUAUAACCCAAAGGAUCAGCUGUAUCUGCACAUUGGCCUCAAACCCCGGGUCAGGGACCACUACCGCGCCACCAAAGUGGCCUUCUGGCUGGAGCUGGUGCCUCACCUACACAACAUUAACGAGUUAUUCCAAUAUGUUUCCACUACGACCAAGAUCCCCCCGCAGGACACCACUCCUUUCCCCUACACAAAGCGUUUCCCUGGGAAGACCUGGCCAUCAACCACACGCCACCCCGGGGUCCCGCCCGCUAACACCAAACAGACCACUGACCAGCGCAAGGGCGGUGACCUGACGGACGAGUCGGCGGUGGUGAUAGAAACCAAACGGGACUACUCGACGGAGCUGAGCGUCACCAUCGCUGUGGGCGCCUCCCUCCUCUUCCUCAACAUCCUGGCUUUUGCAGCCCUCUACUACAAGAAGGACAAGCGGAGGCACGAGUCCAACCGGCGAGGACCCAGCCCGCAGCGCAACUCCACCCCGGCCAUCGCGGCGGCCAACGCCAACGACAUCGCCCACCUGCAGAACGAGGAGCUGAUGUCCCUGCAGAUGAAGCAGCAGCAGCUGGAGCACGAGCACCACCACGAGUGCGAGUCCCUCCAGACCCAGGACACGCUCCGCCUGACCUGCCCCCCUGACUACACGCUCACCCUGCGACGGUCGCCCGACGACAUCCCUCUCAUGACCCCCAGUACCAUCACUAUGAUCCCCAACUCCCUGGCUGGUAUGCAGCCUCUGCACAACUUCAACACCUUUGGCGGAAGUCAGAACAGUACCAACCUGCCCCAUGGGCACUCCACCACCAGGGUAUAGCUCCACCAGGCAAGUGUGACAGUUGCCAGCUUCUCCAUCUUGGGGGCUUGGUGGUGUCUGUCUGCAAUCGCUAAACAUGUCGGACACAACCUAGGAGUUUAAGAGAAGGGCGUUUCGCACAGACUCAUCUCAGUGGAUGAGAUGUUAUUUUGCUACCAUGCCUUCUUGAAGAGUAUAUCAGAAACCCAAUAUGAACAACUGACAUGUUAAAAGUGAAUGUUACUAUUGAAAAUACUGUAUUUGGAGCUAAGCUUGAGGAAGGAUUGUGGAGAGUUUUACCAAAAGAAUGGCACCUGAAGACAAGUGAUAACUUGCUUUAGAAUGCUUGAAGAGACUAUUCAAACGAUAGGGUUUUCAGUGAUGACAAGGAACUCUUUUUGGAAGAUUUUUGUGCCAUAAAAUACUGUACAUCAUAGGAAAACAUCAUACAAUACAAUAGAGAAAGACCAACAUGCAUUGGUGAAGUAAAACUAUCACUGAGUAUAAUGACAUGGGCACAGAAUUUCAAACUCCCCAGCCUGAAAUGUAUUUAUGAAAACUUUGUAAAAACAAAAUGGUAUAUAGUUGUGAGUAAAACAAAAAGAAAAAAAGAAUAGAGCUUCUAUUGUUGUUUUAAUUUGAAAUAUGGCUAUAUUUCAAGCUUGUGAUUUCUGUUAAAGUGUGUAAAUAUACAGUUUCAAUCACAUGUUCCUUUUCAAUUAAACUUGUGUUUCAUUGUUUUCACAACAGAAAAAAUGCGAACAUCCCUUUUUUUUAAGAACAUUUGUGUCUUGACCGUCAUUCUAUAAUGUCUUGUGUGUUCCUUUGUGUUCAUUUUUGAGGCAUUGCAUGUCCGAGUACAACUUUAUAAUCUCCACGUUCAGACAUUGUCUGAAGGUGAUGGUUUAUCAUGUGGGUUCAUUUCCAUCACCUACUUCAUCCUGUUUUGCUUCUAAUCAUUUUUUGUAGGCUAUUUUAUGUCUAGCAAUCUCAACACUGCCUGAGCUUCAAAUGUGACCAGCAAUGUAUUAUUUAGAGUAAAAGGCAGUGGAUUUUGGUAUCAAUAUUAGUUGGAUAUGUUUGUAAAGAAUAUAUGUUAGAUAUUUCAAAUUGUCAUUUGCUAGCAAUAUGUUAAGUAUUGUGCAAGGCUUGUGAUAUUUUGGGUUACAACGCAAGUGAAUGAGUGUAAAUAAUAAUAAUAAUGAUAAUGAUAUUAAUAAUUAUAAUAAGUACAGUGAAAAGUAACCAUUAACCCAGAUUAUUUCAGUUCUGCAUCCUAUUACCGAAAAACAAAACAAAGCAAAACAAAGCAAGUAUAUAUAUAAAAAAAGAUUUAUAAAGCUACAUUUGUAAAUUCUAUGAUAUCCUUGCCUUUGGUUCUUCUCCUAUCAUGAUAUACCAAGGGUUUUAAUGUAGGAUUUGAAAUUCUUUAGUUUGUCUUAAAUUGUUUGCGGUUUUGCCUUAAGUGAUAGAUGAUAUUUCUGGCUGGACACCUGUAUAAAG